UCGCGAGAGCGCCGCGACUCCAUCAACUCUGUCUCUGUGAGCUCCACCCUCGAAAAGGAACAGAUGGCGCAGGCCCUCGACCAGAUACAUACCGCAGCCAGCCGAACCGAUUCGCUGACUCUUUUCAACGAAUCCUUUGCCCCUCCUCCGGUGGUUGUCCCGGAUACAGAGAGCCGGGGAACAGUGCAGCAAGGUCUAAGCGGGCUCUACACUCGACUUCGAGUGGCAGUUGGUGCGGCCAGCUCGUCCAAGGCGGCGCAGCGGGAAGACGACGCUGAGAAGCUGGAAAAUCUUACUAGGAAGGCAUCAACGGGUGGCGAGGGACAUCGAUCGAAGCCCUCCAUUUCUUCCCUAAGCCGCACUGAGACGGCGGCGACUAUAUCCAGCACAUCAUCUCAGCCAGCGCAACCUGAUGUUUCCUCUCCCACAGCUUCUAUUGGCCCUACAGAUCUCAGGUCGCAAAUGCCUGCUACAGCCAAGUCUGGAAGCAUCAGCUUGAUUGGAGGUUCUAAAUCUCAUCCAUCUGGUCGGCAAAGCCUUCCAACAAACGCCACAAGUGAUGUGACUGCUGCUGAACCCACCAUUACCUCUGCGAGAAAACGUGAGCCAAGCCGUAGCUCCGCUCACACUGAGGACAGCGCGGCCCAGGGUUCGCGGCGAGGGAGCACCGGCAGACCGGGUUUUCAGACACGACUCUCGCCCGUCGAUUCACCAGAAGGCAGCAUUCCCUCAGGAUCUCAAGGAGACGAGAGCGUUUCCAGCGUUGGAGGGGCGAGCGGUGAUGCCCCAUUAAGCCCAGUCAAGGGGAAAGCCCCCCUUAUGUCGCCGCUGCAAACACUUCACUCGCGAAGUCCCUCUGCGGCGUCGUCUCUCCUGUCCCCCGAUGACGUCCGCCGGAAGCCCGCCGUCAUCGAUCGUAUUAGCCAUUCAAAUCAACGAAGAUACGCAGCUUCAAGGGACUCGUCCAUGGACCGUGGAACGGCUGAAGCUAGCCCCAUAAUCACAUCUGCUCACAAUUCAGUGCAUCAUAACUCUUUCUCUCAAGAAUCCAACCCUCAACACUCGCGAUCUGGUGAUGUCCGCAUCCCAGGCACCACAGCGAGCCAUCAGGGGGCCACGGACCAAAUGAAUGCCCAGCUAGACAGAAUGCGCAGGCAGAUAUUAAGUAAAGAGUUUUGGAUGAAGGACGAGACAGUAAAAGAGUGCUUUCUUUGUCAGGCUCAAUUCACAGCAUUCCGCAGGAAACACCACUGCCGAACAUGCGGCUUCAUCUUCGAUUCCAAGUGUACCAUUGUCAUUCCAGGUGACAAGUUUGGCCUCCCUGGCUCUCUGAGGGUUUGUAAGCGCUGUCUUGAUGUCAUCACUCGACGAUUUGAUGCCAGCGCCUCUGAGGAUUCUGGAGAUGAGCAGUCCUUUCUGCCCAGAAUAUUUGGCACAGAGGAUCCUAGGAAAUCAACGGUAGCCUUUGCACAGCACCCCAAGGAACCAGAGACGUUGGAGGGCUCGGAGACUUCAAGACCAGUAAAUACACCCAUGAUGACGAUACAGGCCGCUCGUCGAGUCAAAGAAUCUAACAACAAUUCAUCUGUUCUCGAGAUUGGCGCUCCACAGCUGAGUCGACCAAGUUCGUCUCGCUCCCUUAAAUCUCUUUCCUCUGGUCGACCGCAAUCGUCUGCCGGCCAUAAGAGGCACCAUUCAAAGCAUGGGUUGUUGGGGAGAAUCAAGCCGGAUCAGGCUCCGUUUCGAAAGGGCAUUCAGGAAGAAAACGCCAAACGAACAAAGUUCCCGGCUUUCCAUGAUGACAAUAUUAUCGAUCCGGAGUUGGCAGACUUCAUGUCGGAUGACUCCAGCGGAGACGAGCAGGUUGGCAGUAUUUUUGCGACCCUCGCAUCGGCCGAGAUACCUCCCGCAAGUUUUGACCCUGACAAGUCAAAUCUCUCGUCACUCAUGAAUACAACCAAGAAGCACCAGCACCACCGCCAUAGAGGGGGCGAAAAAAGUGUCAGCGGAAUGAGCCACUUCAGCCGAAGUGGAUUUGGGCUCGAUGAAUUGGCACCUGGCUUUGCCAGCCAUCGCAGGACAAACCGACGUCGCAACCUCAGCAAUGUCAGCGGUAGUGUUCAUCAUUUUGGAUCCCCGCGUCCUAAAUCCGUUUACAAGGGACCCUCGGCAUCAUCAGAGCUGCUGUUUCCCGUAGAUAACUCGAUUCACCCGAAUCACAGCGGGACCCAGCUGACUAGAAGCAACUCCCUGCAAAAACGCAAGGCGGCCAAAACCAAGCUGAAUGAAUCUAGCUUGAAGCAUGUUGACAAGCUCCUCCAUCAACUCUUACUUGACGCCGAUAUACCUAAUCCCGAGGCGUGGAAAAAAGCGCUCGUUCCUAUCCUUUUACAAACCACUGAUGAUGUAUCCCCCGAUGUUGCAAAUGGCGAAUCCAUGGACAUUCGGACUUAUGUGAAGCUCAAGAGAAUUCCGGGAGGGAAACCAGGCGAUACUUCUUACAUCUCCGGCAUAGUCUUUACCAAGAAUGUUGCGCUGAAGAGCAUGCCACGCAAGAUCACAAAUCCGAGGAUUUUACUUGUCGGAUUUCCGAUUGAAUACCAGAGACACCAGCAGCAAUUUAUGAGUUUGGAGCCGGUCAUUGCUCAGGAGAAAGAAUUUCUGAGAAUCGUCGUCCAGAGGAUCGCGCAGCUUAAACCUCAAGUUCUGCUCGCCGAGAAGACUAUUUCUGGCUUGGCCUUGCAGUAUCUCUCCGAGGCCAAUAUUUCGGUAGCCUUCAACGUCAAGCGAUCAGUAAUUGCAGCUGUUGCCCGCUGUACUGAGACCAAGAUCAUUGAGUCUCUUGACAUGUUGGAAGCUCAAGUUGGGAGGUGCAGUGCCUUUGAGGUCAGGACCUUUGUAAACAAUGACUACCCGGGUCGAAAGAAGUCUUACAUCUUUCUUUCCGGGUGCCGACCCGAGCUCGGCUGCACCAUUACGCUUCGUGGAGCUAGCGACGCUCUUCUUGCCAAAAUGAAAUACAUCACCGACUUCAUGGUCUACGUUGUAUACAACCUCAAACUUGAAUCGAGUCUCUUGCGGGAUGAGUCCGUCGAGCCUCCCGAGGCCAACGAGGCGACUUCAAUGUCUAAUUCCUUCCAAGCAUUGAAUGAGAGCAUCCGAUCACUGAACUCGGUUUGCCAUACGAGCAACGGCGGUGGUAGAGGCGGCCCCAUUGUUGUGGUCAACCAACCGUCGAGCGAGAGCGAGCCGCCCUCGCAGUUGACGAUGGAUAGCUCAAGCCUCGGAGGCACUGAUGAAGCUUUGUCACAGCCUCCAUUAGACCAGAUGCUUUCUGAGCCACCUAGACUGCUGUCGCUGCAUGAGUCUCAUACCCAUGACUCCACAUUCAGUCAGGUUCCAGAUGAUGUGCCUAUGCCAACAUUCUAUAGCGAUAUGGUGGCCAAAUACGAAACCAAGAUUCUCUCGGUAUCGCCAUAUGUACGGUUCACUCAGCCGUACCUUCUCAUGAAAGCUCGUGAGCAAGAGAGGCGCCUAUUGUAUCUCAAACGCCUGAGGGACCAAGACAUGAUUGAAGAAGACUUGGAAAAGAGCGAACCUCCAAAGUUUCAACUUAUCAAACCCGAGAUGGUCGAGGAGCUUGGCCAAAAGGCGCCUCGUCAAAUAAUGGAAAUUCUUCACGCGGUGCAUGACGCUGAAUAUGACAAGGCUCUCUAUAAUUACCAGACUCAAACUCGUCAGUGGGAGACGUACAUCCAGGGCAACUUGGACUUAUUUGAUCCUUACUCUCACCAAAACAUCAUUAUAUUGUAUUCCGUCAUCUGUACUGAAACGAAAAUCCCCUGUACGGAACCCAGCUUAGUCGGCAUCAACUUUUACGAUGAGCAGCGCGAAGAUACUAGCAUGGAUCCAGACUGUACUCUGGGCCAGUACAUUGAAUACCUGGUGAACAGCAAAGAUGAGAUAUGCGACUCAAAUGGAUGCGACCGCAAAAUGGCACAGCAUCAUCGUACCUUUGUCCAUGACCAGUUCCGAAUCACGGUGUUUGUAGAGCAUCUCCCGAAUGCCCCUCCUAGGUUACCCGAACUGGGCGAUGGAAUUUCCAUGUGGAGUUACUGCAAGCUCUGCCAGAAGGACUCGGAGGAAAUCGCAAUGUCCGAGACUACUUUCAAGUACUCCUUUGGAAAGUAUCUCGAGCUCCUAUACUGGGGACGCGGCCUGCGGAUGAAGGAUGCUAUGGAGUGCCCCCACGACCAUCAAAAGGACCAUGUUCGUUACUUUAGUCUACAUGACUCUCGUGUUCGGAUUCACUGGGACCCAAUUGAUCUCCUCGAAAUUGUCGUACCGCGAGCGCGACUGACGUGGAAAGUGAGCAACGACCUAAAGCUCAAGAAUGACAUCUUUGGAAAGAUGGAUGAGCGCUGGGCAAAAUUCAUGACCUCCGUCAUAGCCCGGCUUGAGAGCAUUAGGAUCGACAGUGUCCUUCCUGAAAAGGCCGAGUCUUGCAAAGCAGAGCUGGACCGACUGAUGCAGAAGGCCAAGGAGGAGGAAGCCUUCAUGGUCCAACGCUUGCAGGAUAUUUACGUCAACUCGAAGUACUACGAGGUCGUCCCCUUUAACAUCAUUGUUCGAGAAAUGUUGGAGACGGCUAGCGAAUGGGAUCAAGUAUUUGCUACGUUUGAGGCUGACUUUUUGGGAGAUAAAGAUAUGCGACAACUCACAAUGUUGCAAUUGAAGAAGAUGUUCACCGACAACGAGUCCAAGGAAUCGCUCGGGUCCAACGAAGGAACGGGAUCUGCCGCGGACAGCGAGGAACGUCCAUCCCAAACCUUUUCCGAGGCAGAGGAAAAGUCUACACAGCCGACAGAUUUCACCGACAACAGCAUGGAGGCAAGUGCAACCUCUUCGAAGCUUGCUGUGGAGAGGGUUGAUGUUGAAGGCGACGGCCCAGUUCAGGCCGUGACCCAGGAGGCCAUUGAUCAUGUUCGACCGUCAGAUUUGGCCAGCGCAGCGCCUGUUAUGAUUCAAGAUUCCCAAGCCGCUACUGGCAAUGAAGAUGCUAAAGCCGCCCCCGCCGCUUCUGCUGCAACAACUCCGCCAGAUACGGCGCCAACAUCACAGUCGCCAGCAUCACCAGUCAGGAUGGCUCGAAGUCCCACAAACUCUUCCAUCUCUGGGCAGUCCCUCAGCGAAAGGAUUGACGCAAGUGCCCUGAAAAGGUCUGCACAGCCAAGGCAGUCGCAGGAUUCCAACGAGAGACCCGCCGAUAUGGAAACACCAAGACAGGUCUCCGAACAAGGUGUUCGACGAAAGUCCACAACCAGCACGUCGCCACCAAUGGCCAGAGCUAUAUCGCAGCCAUCCCGGACAUUGUCUAGAUUACAGUCACUUGGUAAAUCGGCUGGCUCGUCCGAGUCGGUGGCAAAGGUGCCAGAGACUGCCAAUUCAGAUCAGCAGUCAGAAGGUUCCAUCAAAUCGGAUAAAAAACUGUCUGAGCGACUUGGCCUAAAUGUGUUGAAAAAUCGUGGGAAAAUGGCCGGAUCGAGCAUUCCACGUCUUGUCCCUAAGAAGAAGGAAUCAAAGGUUACCACCCUGGCGAAGCACUUUGAGCAGCUUAGCAGAGAGUUCAGCAGAGAGUUUGAGAAGGAGCGCAUCCGUGACCGUAAGAAGCGCGCGGCUAGUAUGCGAAACCCUCGUCCUAUGCUCCCCAAGACAUCCACGCAGGCAAUUGUACAAGUAUACGACAACGUCAAUGAAGCAUUUGACGAGCCAGCUGUAACAAGCGAGCCAAACACAGAGCAAGACACGGAAUCACAGUCGCGGUCGCAGGAUACAUCUUCAGUUCCGCCAGGAGUCAAAAGAGAAGAAUCAUCCAAGGUAGAGUCACAGACGGAACCACCAACUCCUAACGAGCCCCCUCUACCAUCAGAUGGUCAACACCGGUGGGACGAUGAUACCGCCAACGUGAACACGAGCCAGGGCAUGUCAGACGAUGAGGGUGGUGCUAGUGACGCUGAGCCCUCAGUAUCUGACGAAUUUAUGCCAGACAUUAAAGAGAUUGCCGAUUCCAACGCGGAGAUUCCACUUGAGCUUCCAAAACACCAAAAAAUGAGUUUAAUGAAAUACCUGACCAACUUUUGGGCUGAACGAUCAGCAAGCGGGUGGCCUUCAUUGGAGUAUCCUGUCAACGCCACUGACCACAUCUUUGUGGACUCUGACAUUAUUGUUCGGGAAGAUGAGCCAAGCUCGGUUAUUGCGCUGGCCCUCAACAGUGACGAUUACAAGGAGAAGUUGGCCAAUAUCCGGCGAGAUGCGCACCAGACCAUGCUCCGAGAAGCAGAUGGCAUCGCGGAUGGCCAUGUGGAUGGUAACGUAGACGGAAAUCUCGAUGGUGAUCUCGAAGUUGGCUUCGACGGUGAUCCAAAAUCGGCCCCAGUAUCAGACAGCGCAGAUUGGGCCGCUGACGAAACAGAGCUGGAGAAGAGUUUGCUCCGAGCCACUGGAACGCAUCUCAAGUAUCAAUUCAAAGAAGGUGCCGCGGUCAUGACUUGCAAGAUUUUUUACGCAGAGCAAUUCGAUGCUCUCAGACGAAAGUGUGGUGUUUCUGAGCGGAUUGUAGAGUCGUUGUCACGGUGCCUUCAGUGGGAUUCAAAGGGUGGCAAAACCAAGUCUGUCUUUUUGAAGACGCUGGAUGAUCGACUUGUCUUGAAGUCACUUUCAACAAUCGAGACAUCUGCAUUCUUGCGAUUUGCACCAGGAUACUUUAGCAUUAUGGCUGAGGCAUUGUUUCAUGACUUACCCUCGGUAAUCGCAAAGAUGAUGGGAUUUUUCCAGGUCGUCAUUAAAAACCCGGUAACUGGAACGGACAUCAAGUUGGACCUGCUGGUUACGGAGAAUUUGUUCUACGAUCGAUCUCCAACGAGGAUCUUCGACUUGAAAGGCUCCAUGCGUAACCGCAAAAUCAAUGCAACUGGCGAGCAGAAUGAGGUCCUUUUGGAUGAAAAUAUGGUGGAGUACAUUUAUGAAUCUCCGUUGUUUGCGCGCGAACACUCCAAGAAGCUUCUCAGGGCGUCGGUUUGGAACGACACGUUGUUUCUGGCGCGACAGAACGUAAUGGACUACUCUUUGAUGAUUGCAGUUGACGAGAGGAGAAAAGAACUCGUCGUCGGCAUCAUCGAUUGCAUCAGAACAUACACGUGGGACAAGAAGCUUGAAAGUUGGAUCAAGGACCGCGGUUUCGCAGGUGGUGGUCGGAAUAGGCCGACUGUGACUAGUCCGAAGGAAUACAAGUCUCGAUUCAGAGAGGCCAUGGCAAGGGCUAAUCACAUUGCAGAUACAUCUUGCAAGCUCCCAACUGUUGGCAUCUGUUUAAUAAGCCUCAGUAUAACAUGCUAUAUGGUCGAGCGCGGUUUGAAGACCAAGAGGCUUAAGAGAAUAGAAUCUCCUUCUCCAUACCCAAUGUCGAUUGAUCUCAACUGGGAAACGCUGACCACGGGGCCGGACGGCGAUGCGCUGGCCGAGAGCAUCAGAACCUUCAUCCACACAAAGUUCCAGACGGUGCCGUUGCCACGCUUCAUCAGAUCCGUCAACGUGCACGGAUUCGACUUUGGCACGAUCCCGCCGGAGCUGGAGCUGAAGGACAUCACAGAUCCACUGCCGGAUUUUUACGAGCAGGAGUUGGAGGAUGACGAGGAGUCGGACCAGGACAGCGACGAGGACGAGGAGAGCGCCGCUGAGCGGGAGAGGCUUGCGGCGGCGGCAGCGAUGAUGGAGGCCAGGAAGCGCGAGAACGGGCUAAGGGAGCUGAGGAGCGAGAUGAGCAUGAACAUGGGCAUCAACCCGAGCGUUAAUAUGAGCGGCCACGACGUCGGCAGGGCGUUUCUAGGCACGUCGACGCCGGGCAUUCUGGGUGGGCCGGGGAGAAACUACUUCCAGGCGCAUCUGGCGACGGGCACGCAGACGCCGCUGGCUGCGGUUGCAGGCGCUCAUCUGGGUACUAGCUGGAUGGGCUCGACGGUCGGGUCGGAGCAUCACACGCCGUAUCACAGCCGCGAGGCAUCGCUCAGCUCCCUCGACAACCUGCAGGCACUAGAUCUAGGAGCGGGAGCGGGAUCAGGGCCGGGCAUGGCCAAGUCGGACGUCUCCAGCACUCUCGGCCCUCCAUCACGGCCAUCAACCAGCCACGGGCCCAUCAGCGGCUCCGCCGUCGAGGACGACGAGGAGAACGAGAGGCCGGGACAAGGCACGACAUCUCCACGGCGCGAGCCCCGGGUCGAGGACGUGCAGGCCGUGUUUCGGAUCCGCUACUCGGGCGACGUGCGGCUGAACUUGACGGCGGAGAUUCUGCUCGACUACCCGAUGCCGAGCUUCGUGGGGAUUCCACUCAAGCUGAAUAUCACGGGCUUGACGUUUGACGGGGUGGGUGUUUUGGCGCAUAUACGGAAGAGGGUGCAUUUCUGCUUCUUGAAUCCGGAUGAUGCUUUGGCUGCGGUAGGGCCGGAGGCGGAGGAGGCAGCAGGGACGACGACGGCAUCAACAACGGCGGCAGCAACGGGAGGAGGAGACCUGCAGGGGUCUGGCAAGAAGCAGCCGGGAGGAAGAUUCGGCGGGCUGUUGCAGGAGAUUAAAGUCGAGAGCGAGAUUGGCGAGCGGGAGAGCGGGCGGCAGAGCCUUAAGAAUGUGGGCAAGGUGGAGAGGUUUGUGCUGGAGCAGGUGAGGAGGAUAUUUGAGGAGGAGUUUGUGUAUCCGAGUUUCUGGACGUUUUUGGUGUGA